UAUUAUUUAUAAACUACGGUAUAUGGAUAGUGUCGCUGAGUGAGUGGAAACACUUUUCAUAUAGUUUAUAGAAAUGGUUUAAUUUUAAUACAGGUAACAAUUAAAGUAUUAUUAAAUUAAAAGCUUUGAUGGAUAACAGUCUCAGGUCAAUAUCAAAAUUUGGGAAAAUAAAAAUUUGUUUAUUAUUAAUGUCUAUAUUAUAUAUAAAAAUUUAGCACACCACAAACGCAAAUAGAAGCAAUACAGAAAAAAUUAAAUAAUAUAUGCAUAAAUCAGUAUUUAACUUAAUAUCCUUGAAAAGUAUUCCUGGUUUUUCGGGUCGAGUAUUAUAUCGUUGUUUUUAAUAAGGUUAAACGAUGUCAAAAUCUGAUUUACCGAAAUUAGUGACAGCUUUGUUUACAUUCAAAGGAAAAAAUAAUGAUGAGUUGUACUUCAAAAAAGGUGAUCUCAUUAUUAUUACACAAACGGACGAUGGAGGCUGGUGGGAAGGUACAUUAAAUGACAAGACUGGCUGGUUUCCAUCAAAUUAUGUCAAAGAAUAUAAAUCUCCUGAAUCUGGACAUUCCUCUACAAAAUCAUCACCAGAAAAAACGAAUCAGGAGCUUCCCGUUUAUCAAAGAGUUAAUCGAGAUAUCGUACUAAAAGAUUUGGCUGAUUCUGAGAAAGCUUUUAUCGCAGAACUACAAAGUUUUGUUAAUACUUUUUUGGAACAAUUAGAAAUAAGUAAUGUAUUGAAAAAAGAUGAAUAUAAACAAUUGUCUGGUAAUAUAUAUGAAGUUUUGGAAACUCAUCAAAGAUUCUUAAUAAAUCUUGAAGCUGCAGUAGCUCAAGGGCCAGAUAGCAAAGUAGGAAAUUUGUUUUUAUCAGUAGCACCUAAAUUCAAAUCAGUUCAUAUGGCCUAUUGCAAUGGCCACCCACAAGCCGUUUGUAUUUUGGAUAAAUAUCGUGAUGAACUAAAUGAAUUUAUGGAACGUAAUGGAUCUGCUACUCCAGGAAUUUUAGUUUUAACAUCUGGGCUUAGUAAACCAUUCCGCCGGCUAGAAAAAUAUUCGCAUAUGCUUCAAGAAUUAGAAAGAUAUACUGGCAAAAAUCAUUCUGACCGAGGUGACACUCAACGCAGUGUGUGUGUUUAUCGCGAUAUUGCAGAACGAUGCACAAGUAUCAGAAAACAAAAAGAAUUAGCACUGCAAAUUUUGACAAGUGGUAUUAAAGGAUGGGAAGGCGAAGAAUUAACUUCACUUGGAGAAAUCUUACACGUCGGACCAGUAACAGUACUGGUUGGAGUAGAAAGACGUGAUCGAUAUUUUGUUCUAUUUCCCACAAAUUUAUUAGUCCUUAGCACAAGUUCUAGAAUGAGUUCUUUUAUUUAUGAAGGUAAACUUCCAAUAACUGGCAUAAAUGUUAUUCCAAUAGAGGACACAGAAGAUAUGAAAAAUGUUUUUGAAAUCUCUGGCCCGAUGAUUGAAAGCAUAGUAGUGUUAUGUGCACACAAAGAAGAACGCAGUCACUGGAUUGAACUAUUAACUCAGGAUCAAUCAUCUAAUUUGCUAAAAUCAUCAACAAUGUCUAAUACGAACCAUCAAUCAAUCGGGAAGCUACAGAAACAACUCCCGGAAUCCUGUUCGUCACUAAAGACUAAAACUCCUUGGUGUCUAGCGUCUUUACGUCCAGCACCUCCAAUUUAUUUGAAAGCUUUUAAUAAGUCUGAUAAUAUAGAACUUAGUCGCUCACCACGAGCUGCAAGUGAACGUCAAUUUGAAGAUGAUGCAAUUAUAUUAAAAAUUAUUGAAGGUUAUUGUGUGACCGUCAACGCAAGACUUACUGUUCAUCCUGCUGUGAUAGAUAAUGAACCAUCUAACAAGAUAUGUGAUAGCGUGUCAGUUGUUAAUAGUAAAAUUGGAGUUUCGGAUUCUUGUGAUGACAGGAGCUUAUCGCAGACAGUGGAAACCUUAAAGAAUCAAGUUGAGACUUUGCAAAACCAAGUAUCACAACUUACUAAACUAUUAGAUGAAGAAAAACAGUCACGACUGUUACUCACUAUUGCGAUGAAACGGAUUGGUGCAAUGGAUAAUUUUGUGUCUUUAUAGGUGCAUUAAAAAUAGUUUUUAUUGUAUUUUGUGCCUUACCAUUAACAUAAAAUUUGUGUUGAAAUUACUAAAUAAAAUUUAUAAUUCAUUACUUAAUAACGAUCUCGAAUAAGUCUUCCAUUAAUUUUUUUAAUUUCAUUUAAAUAAUAAAAGUAAUGAAUUGUAAUUGUUUUAAAUGACAUCUUAAUUUUAAAAAAAUUAUAAAAUCAAACAUUAAAAAAUUUGUAUAUUUUGUUUUUGAAAUUAAUUAAAUAUGACUUUUUAUCUUGUAAAUGUUAGAGAGAAUAUAGCGUAAUUAAAUCAAAAAGGGCGUAUUGCCACAGGUUUGUAGGGAUCCAUGCUAAAAGGGUGUAUAAAAAAAUUUUUUUUUGUCAUAUUUCUUAAAAUAACUCAAAACACAGAUCUGUAAAAAAAAAAAUUCAAGCACCUUAAAGCUAAAAGAGCGUAUCUCAAGACAUGCGCUCUUUUAGCUUUUAGAACAGUAGUGCCUAAAGCUAGAAAGGCGCAUAAAAAAAUUUAAGUUUUUAUAAAAAAUUUUGAUAAAGCUUCACAAGACAAGUUAGAUCCAAAAAAUAGUCUAG